AUGACUGAAAGGAGUGAAAGCAAACUGUCUGUGCUUGCUUCAACCUGUAUCUCCUCUGCUGUUUACGCGAUUGUUCUCAACCCACUUGAUGUUAUAAAAAAUACUCAAAUCGGAUCCUUAAAUCGGCUAUCUGUUAAGCACUCAAUUGAGCAAAUAAUCUCUCAUAAAGGACUACCUAACUUAUGAAGAGGUAUAUCGCCUUCACUAGUAUCUAUUUUAGGCGUUAAUUUAGUUCACUACUCUCUUUAUGAAAUACUUCGGCCGCCUCUUGAUGAUUGGUUCGGGUCACUAGGCUCUGGACUUUCAGCUAUGGUGGCCAAACUUACAGCUGUAAUUGUAUCUUCUCCAAUCGAGAGAUUCAAGACAUCUUUAAUGGGCACUGGGUCAGGACAACUCUCUUUUAGUAAUAUUGGCUUUUCAGGACUCAGAGUAACCCUAGUCCGUGAUGUAUUAUUCUCCGGAACUUUUUUCCUUACAAUGGAAAAUCUCCAUAAAAAACACAAAGAUAAGCACCCAAAUAUUUCCAGAACUUUAAGCUGCACAACAGGUGCUAUUCUAGCUACAUUAAUAACUCAUCCAUUUGAUGUAAUAAAAACAAAGCUACAAACAAGAAAUUGCUGCUAUAGUCAUUUAGAAAAAAUUCCAUUUAGCGGAAUAAAACUUAUUGUGAAGCGUGAAGGGCUUCAGACAUUGACACAUGGAAUUUGGCCUAGACUUGGAAGACUUGUAUUAGGUGUGAACAUUUACAUAAAUUUGUAUGAAUACUUUAAGCAGUAUUUCGACAAACAUAAUUUUUACAUGAUUGAUUAA